AAAUUAUCUCUAAGCUAACGGAGCACCCAAAAGCUUAUUCAUCUUAAAUUAAAAUUUAUAAAUAUAAAUAAAAAGCCAAGAAUUCUGAUAGAAGUGAAAUAUAACAUCUAUUUAAAAACUUUGUACACAUUAACAAAUAUGCUUAAUGGUUUUAUAAAAGUUAACAACUCUAAGAAUAUGGAUUUCAGUAAUUUUUUUUUCGUAAUUAUGAUAAUGGACUUAAGUGGUUUAUUUCUGGGACACCCUCUGGCAAAACCAAAUUAUGAUGAUAAAUAUGUCAACAUUACAUGGAGGAAUUUGUAUGCUAAAAAUGUUCCUCAGUAUCUGCACGACUUAUACAAAAGUUUUUCUAGUUUGAAUACAUCGAAAAAUCUUUUGUUUAAUGGAAAUGUAGCAAGAAGCUAUAACGAUUUAAGUGCUUUACAUAGUAGAAUUCAUUUUUUCGACGUAUCAGAUAUCGCAAACUCACAAGAAGUUCUAAAAAGAGCAGAACUGAGGUUGUUUAAAGGCCACAGCGCAAGGUAUCGUUUUUUAACAACUAUUUUACAAAUAAAAGUUACAAACACAUUGAGUAACAAAACAGUGAGCUCAAAGAUAAUAAGUUCAACAAGUUAUGGUUGGCAAGUUUUUCCUAUCACAGAAGUUGUACAAGAUUGGAUUGACAGUCGAGCUAAAAAUAACGGUUUAUAUAUAACAAUUAGAAAACUUUAUGGAGCCAAUAUGCUUUUUAAUUUUAAAACUAAAUAUGUUCGGCAUAAGCCUUUUUUAAUUACAUUUACAAAAGAAAAAAAGGAAUUAUCAUUAAUUUCACUUUUAAAAAAAAAUGAAAAACGUUUUAUGCCGACCGUAGAAAAUGAUUUAGCAAAAAGAAAACGCAGAGUAGUUGCUGAUAAUGCAAAGGUUUGUGGAGUUGAGCCGUUAAAUGUACCUUUAGAAUUAAUUGAUUGGCAGAAAUUAUUUAUUUAUCCUACUCAUUUCAUUAUUAAUCAUUGUAAAGGAUUUUGUUAUCAUAAAAAUGACAAAGAUAACGAUGAACAAACAAGCCAUUCAAUUUUGCAAGCUUUAUAUGCCGAUGUGCUUCAAAAUGAUAUUGUCAAAUAUCCAUGUUGCGCUCCUACAAAGUUUUUGCCAGGAACAGCUUUAAUAAUAGAUCGCUCAUCGGUCAAUGAAGUAAUUAAACUUGUACAAUUAGAAAAUUUGACGGUAACCGAAUGCAAAUGUUUGUAAAUAAAAUUAACCCUGAUGCAAGAUAUUAGUAUUUUUAAAUUUUUUUUUUAACUUGUCAUUUAUUAUCAAUGUGUAUAUAUAUAUAUAUAUAUUAUAAACAUCGUGU